GAGCGAGGGAGUUAAUUCGCUCCUGUCAUAUUCCAAUUUCUAUCACUGAUUCAUCAUCUUCCAGUAUGAACGAGAAUUCGUACCUUCGGCAAGCAUGGACACCGAAGGGGGUUGGCGAGUGAUCGAGCAUCCCAUCAUUAGCUACAACGGGCUUAGUGAGAAUGAGCCGAGUGUUUAUUUGUCCUUUCCUAAAUUGGAACGACUGUCCAGUGAAGUUGUUGGUUCGGAUUUUCUGAACAACGACGAAGAGUUUCGCAUAAAAGUGUUGGACGCACAGGACGAAGGAAGAACUGCUUUGCAACGAGCUUACGAUAGCAUUCCAGAAUCGUCGUCUUCGUACAUCACUACGAGUCAGGAAGAACCGUUGGAGUUUCUGUCUCCACUCAGGCUCGUGCAACCUCCACCGGCAUUCAAGGAAGAAUCGCCAAAAUCCCAACAGUUUCCCUCCUUCUCGUCAGGUGAUAUCAAAUCCUUUUCGAAACCUCGUAAGCUCUACCCCGAACGAUUCCCAACGUUCUACGACAGCGUCCCCGAAAUGAGAAACGUGAAAAAUUUCCAGCAAUAUCUAGCUCAAUCCGACGACGAGUACGAGUACAUUGCUGUCCCAAAGGGUCCUACCACAAGCUUCCCAAGAUCGUGGAAGAAAAACCCCAACUGUACGAAAUUGACAAGAACGCCCGUCCGGUGA